AUGGCUCCAGCUUUGUUACGCAUAUCAAGCUUACCGUCGGCAAUCUCUUUUGUCAAUGUUACACACAACAAUCAAAGGAGUUUCCUAAGUCCUCAGCUUUUCAAAGGUUUGAGAAAGAAAUUACGAUGUAAAAAUAGUGGCCAGAUCAGGUGUGGUCAAUCUGCAGUGAGGAACAGAGAGAAGAAUAAUGAAAAGGAUAAAAGGAAAAAUGUAGGGAGGUUGAUUUUGAGUGAAGGAAGAGAAGAGGAUGGGGAUUAUGGACCUAUUUGCCCUGGUUGUGGAGUUUUCAUGCAGGAUAAGGAUCCUGAUCUUCCUGGUUUUUUUAAGCGAAAAAAGGUUGAAAAUUAUGACAUUAUGGAGGAUGAAAGCGGAGAGUUUUAUGACAGUUUUGUGGAUGAUGAGGAUGAUGAUGAACUUGAAGAUUUUGAUGAGGAUGAUGAGGACCUUGAAGAUUUUGAUGGGGAUGAUGAGGAAUUCGAAGAUGACAUUGAAGAAAAAUUAAAGGGUGAUGAUGCGAUUUUUGGAAAGUUUGUGGGUACGGAUGGGGUUGAAUGGGAUUUGAAGGAAUUGGAAGCUGAAUUCGAGAAAGAUGAUGAUGAGUUGAAGGAGUUGGAUGGGUUUGGUCCAGCUACUGUUGGCUAUGGUAACAUUACAGAAGAGACAAUAAAAAAGAGGAGGAAGGAAGCGCUCUCAAAAUCAGAGAGGAAAAGGAUGAGUAGGAAAGCUCAGAGUAUGAAAGAAGAGGUCACAGUAUGUGCACGGUGCCAUUCGUUAAGGAGUUAUGGACAGGUAAAGAACCAAUCGGCUGAAAAUUUGAUUCCAGAUUUCGAUUUUGAUAGGUUGAUAUCUACAAGGUUGAUGAAACCUACAGGUGUUGCAGAUUCUACUGUGGUGGUUAUGGUAGUUGAUUGUGUUGAUUUUGAUGGUUCAUUUCCUAAACGGGCUGCCAAGUCUUUGUUCACGGCUCUUGAAGAAAGCAAAGAAGGCUCCAAGCUCAAUAAAAGGCUGCCAAAGCUUGUCUUAGUGGCGACUAAAGUCGAUCUUCUUCCAUCACAAAUAUCACCUGCAAGAUUGGAUAAGUGGGUUCGACGUCGUGCUAAGGCUAAUGGAGCACCUAAGCUGAGUGGAGUAUAUCUGGUUAGUGCUCGUAAGGACCUUGGAGUGAGGAACUUACUAGCAUUCAUUAAGCAGUUGGCUGGUCCACGAGGGAACGUCUGGGUUAUUGGAGCUCAAAAUGCAGGUAAAUCAACUCUGAUCAAUGCUUUUGCCAAAAAAGGAGGCAUAAAGGUCACAAAGCUUACUGAAGCUGCAGUCCCUGGAACAACACUUGGGAUAUUGAGGAUUGGAGGAAUACUAUCUGCCAAGGCAAAAAUGUAUGAUACCCCAGGCCUUUUACACCCAUAUCUGAUGCCUAUGAGAUUAAACAGGGAGGAACAAAAAAUGGUUGAGAUGCGAAAAGAGCUACAACCUCGAAGCUAUCGAAUCAAGGAGUUCACCUUAUUGCCAGGUGAGACUAUACAUGUAGGUAGCCUUGUGAGACUGGAUCUUAAUCAGGCUUCUGUGAAGACGAUCUAUGUCACAGUCUGGGUAUCCUCCAAUGUAUCUCUCCAUUUAGGAAAAACGGAAAAUGCAGACGAGAUAAGAGAAAAGCAUGGUGGAGUUAGAUUGCAGCCUCCAAUUGGUGCCGAUCAAGUUUGCCAGCUGGGUAACUGGGUGAAGAAAGAAGUGAAAGCUUCUGGCAGUAGCUGGGAUGUGAAUGAAAUGGAUGUUGCAGUCGCUGGCUUAGGCUGGUUUUCUCUUGGAUUGAAAGGUGAAGCAAGUUUGACACUCUGGACAUAUGACGGCGUAGAGGUCACAUUACGAGAACCUUUGGUUCUUGAUCGAGCUCCAAUCAUUGAGAGACCUGGGUUCUUGCUUCCAAAAGCAAUAUCCGAUGCAAUCGGCAAUCAGACCAAGCUAGAAGCUCAACAGAAGAAAAAGCUUCAGGAAAGUAGCAUGUGA